AUGGUGAACAACAGACUGCAAUACCGCCGCCGGAACCCGUACAACACGCGGUCCAACAAGGUGCGCAUCAUCAAGACCCCCGGUGGCGAGCUCCGGUACCUUCACCUCAAGAAGAAGGGUACUGCUCCCAAGUGCGGUGACUGUGGCAUCAAGCUCCCCGGUGUCCCCGCUCUCCGCCCCCGCGAGUACGCCCAGAUCUCCCGCCCCAAGAAGAACGUCAGCCGUGCCUACGGUGGCUCUCGUUGCGCUGGUUGCGUCAAGGACCGCAUUGUCCGUGCCUUCCUGAUUGAGGAGCAGAAGAUCGUCAAGAAGGUCCUCAAGGAGUCCCAGGAGAAGGCCGCCAAGCGCUAA